AUGAUACGAGGCAGUGGGUACAAGCAAUUCAGGAGCGAACUGCUGAUNGUCACGCGAGAUAAACGGGAAGGGGAGGUCGAUGAUACGAGGCAGUGGGUACAAGCAAUUCAGGGGCGAACUGCUGAAAAAUGGUACGGUGCCGGGAACCUCAGCAAAGCCGCCCCGAACUACGAUGCCACCGAGCUUUGCGUUGUCCAGAUGUCGUGGUUGGUAAAAUACUGGCUUUCCGUUGUGCCGAGUGGUUCUCCAGGUUCGGACGUCUCCGCCAGGUACCCCAUUUAGGUUCCCAAAUGGGACGGGAUGGGGUACAUCGAGAAUACGGAGGUUGAAGGUGGUUGUAUGAUGUUGAUGCGCAGGUUCCCUAAGGUUACUAUUUGGCCGGGUGGAUUUGAAACGGUAAGGUGCACGUGUCCAUCUGGGAAGAGGAAGCGAUGGGGUCAAUGCACAAGCUGCGUGUGCAUCACUAAAGGUUUUGGCCAAUGCUCAGAGUUGUGCAAGUGCAAGCUUACAUGCCGCGAGGAAGAGACUGAAG